UUGCCUUCGUUCAAGAAUCUGACAGAUUUAAAUAUUUAUAAUACUGUUUUUCACAACAACUUUCUUCAAAUGAUUGGGGGUAUGACUUCUCUUCAAUCUAUUGAAAUUGAUUAUAGUAACCUCAGCAUCAACGACACUCUAUUUGACCAAGAGUUGCCUUCGUUCAAGAAUCUGACAAAUUUAAUUAUUGACAACAUUGUUUUUAACAACAAUUUUCUUCAAAUGAUUGAGGGUAUGACUUCUCUUCAAUUUAUUGAAAUUUCAAGUAGUAACCUCAACAUCAGCGACACUCUAUUUGACAAAGGAAUUUGUAAGAUGCUUCAUCUUCAGCACUUAUACAUGUGGGACAAUGGUUUAACGGGCACCUUGCCUUGUUGUCUUGCAAACUUGACUUCCCUUCAAUAUCUAGAUAUCUCAUACAAUGAUUUUACGGGUACCUUGCCUUGGUUUCUAGCAAACUUGACUUCCCUUCUAUAUCUAGAUAUCUCAUCAAAUAAUUUUACGGAAAUAUCUCCUUAUCUCCCCUUAAGGUGCUGACAUCCAUCCAAGAAUUAAGCCUUUCAGACAAUCAUUUUCAAAUCCCUGUUUCCCUUGAACCAUUUUUUAACCACUCAAAGCUUAAGAUGUUCUAUGGUGAUAGUAAUGAAAUAUAUGCAGGAAUUGAGUCACAAUAUCUGGCCCCAAAAUUUCAAUUAAAUGACAUCUCAUUAUCCAAUUGUGGAUAUAAUGGUUCAUUUCCCAAAUUUCUCUACAGUCAGCAUGACUUACAAGUGGUUGAUCUCUCUGACUUUAAUUCGAAGGGAAAGUUUCCAGUUUGGUUGUUAAACAACAAUACCAAGCUCGAAAGGCUUUUUCUAGCUAAUAAUUCUCUUUUAGAGCCUUUGCAAUUACCAAUUCAUCCUCACAUGUCUUUGCAAACAUUAGAUAUAUCCAUCAAUUCCUUCCAUGGGCAUAUUCCAACGGAAUUUGGAGCUUAUCUACCAAUGCUACAAACUUUAAACAUUUCUAGAAAUGCUUUAAAUGGUAGCAUUCCCUCUUCGUUUGGUGACAUGAAGUCGUUAAGGUAUUUGGAUCUGUCUUACAAUUUGUUGACUGGAGGAAUACCUAAGCAUUUGGCCAUGGGUUGCGUCUCAUUAAAAGUCCUUGCAUUGUCAAACAAUAGUUUGCAAGGUCAGAUAUUCCCUGCAAAUUUUAACUUAAAAGGCUUGUUAUAUUUACAAUUGGAUAACAAUAAUUUCACUGGAAAGAUCCCAGAUGGUUUGUCCAAUUGCUCCUUGGAAGGGUUGUAUAUAAGUGGUAACCAUCUUGUUGGCACAUUACCGAGGUGGUUAGGAAAUCAGUCAUCUUUGGAGGAAAUUAUCAUGUCAAAGAAUCAUCUUGAAGGUCCAAUCCCAUUGGAGUUUUGUCAACUAGAAAGUCUUGAAAUAUUAGACCUUUCAGAGAACAAUAUUAAUGGGAGUUUACCGUCUUGCUUUCCACCUUCCUCAAUUAAACAAGUUCAUUUGUCAAAAAAUAAGUUACAGGGAGAACUAAGUGAUGGAUUAUCCAAUAGUUCUUCUCUGACAACGCUAGAUAUUGGAUAUAAUCACUUUGAAAGCAACAUUCCCGAUUGGAUUGGUACACUUUCGAAUUUAAAUUACCUUAUCUUGAGUAAAAACGAUUUUCAAGGUGAAGUGCCGAUUCGUUUGUGUAAGUUAAGUCAAUUACGUUUGAUAGAUCUUUCUCACAACAAGCUUUCUGGGCAUAUCCCUCAUUGUUUAAAUAUCACAACAGUCACUGUUGCAUCUGAUUAUGUAGCUAUUUUUGAAAAGCUUGAAAAUGUGCCUCUUACAAAGGAAGAAACUGUAGAGUUUACAACGAAGACUAGAUCUUACUCUUACCAAGGAAGAAUUCUUAGCUACAUGUCUGGAAUUGAUCUCUCCAACAAUAAGUUAGUUGGUGUGAUUCCUUAUCAAAUUGGAAAUCUUGUCGGAAUCCAUACACUUAACCUCUCUCACAACAACUUGACAGGACCAAUCCCAUCGACAUUUUCAAAUCUCAAGCAGAUCGAGAGUUUAGAUCUUUCAUACAACAAUUUGAUUGGGAAAAUCCCUCCCCAGCUUGUUGAGUUAAAUAAUUUGGCUGUUUUUAGUGUGGCACACAAUAAUUUAUCAGGCAAACUCCCUGAUAGGAUUGCACAAUUUGGAACCUUUGAAGAAAGUAGCUAUGAGGGAAAUCCAUUUCUUUGUGGACAACCAUUGCCCAAAAGUUGCAAUGCAAUUGAAUCACAACCAAAAGAUUCAAGUAUUAUUGGAGAAGACAAUGAUUUCAUUGAUAUGAAUGUCUUCUAUAUCAGUUUUGUUGUGUCCUACAUAGUUAUGCUCUUAGGGAUUGUUGCAGUUUUGUUGAUAAACCCUUAUUGGCGUCGUAGAUGGUUUUAUAUUGUUGAGUUGUGCACAACAUCCUGUUACUAUUUUGUUGUAGAUCAUCUACAUAAGUGAUUUGAUCAUGAAAUAGUUAGUCGGAUUAUACGUAAAUAUCUUGCAAAAUUGCAUGUUUUGAUGUUCUCUUCAUGCCAAAUGUUUUGUAAUUUCAAAUA